AUGUCUGUCAAAUCAAUGACCGAGAACUUCCCGCUCGCCAGAUACAGGGCUGGCGGUGGACAUCCGACUGGCCAGCGCAACGGCAUUGAGGAAAAUCUAGAAGAGUCCUUCCUCAGCCAUUUCACCCAGUUGUUCAACAAGUAUGCCGGACCCAAUGGCACCUGGCAUCGAGACCAGAUCGGUCUCUUCAUGCAUCACGUCCAAGUCGAAAACCCCGAUGGCCUGGCAAGUUAUCUUGUCGAUCAAGAUGAGUUAAAUCUACCUGAACUCAUCAACUCAAGCCACAACACCUACCUCACCGGGAAUCAACUUUCCAGCGACUCGAGCACUGAAGCGUACAAAGAUGCCCUGUUGCGUGGAUGUCGCUGCAUCGAGAUUGAUGUCUGGGAUGGCAAGGAACAAUGGAAGCCAGGAUUCGGCUCAGAGGAUGAAGCAGAAAGAGAAAUGAAGGAUGUUUCUAGGGAAGCUGCGCCAAGGAAAAUGGGCUUUGCAGAUCGAGCCAUCAUCAAGAUUGGGCGUUGGGCCAUGAAUAAGUUUGAUCCUGUUGACCCCGAUGGCAAGACGGUUGAUGACAGACUCUUAGAUGUUAUCGACGCUGAGCCAAGAGUCCUUCAUGGAUUUACUCUCACCAAAGAGGUUCUCUUUCGUGACGUCUGCCAGACCGUUAAAGAGUAUGCUUUUACCACGUCUGAUCUUCCACUCAUCGUCAGUCUGGAAGUUCACUGCUCUCCACUACAACAAGGCGCAAUGGUCAACAUAAUGGAGGAGGUCUGGGCUGACUAUCUCCUCCCUGCACCCGAGUUCGAGUCCGAUUGCCUACCAUCUCCUCACGAAUUGAGGAACAAGAUUCUGAUCAAGGUCAAAUAUGUUCCAGAGGACGGCAAAAGAAAGGGCAAGGACACGCCUGAUAGUACGGAUGACGAGAGCAUGCUCGAGGUUGUUGUGGAGGGGGACGAGAAGAAGGUCAAGAAGGUCAAGCCACCCAAAAUCAUCCCUCGACUGAGCCGCCUUGGUAUUCAUACUCGAGGGAUUAGUUUCAAGUCACUAGAGGAGCCCGAAGCCUCGAUGCCAAAUCACAUCUUUUCCCUUUCAGAGAAUGCAGCCUUCGCUAUCCAGAGGCGCAUGCCAAAGGCUCUGUUCUCUCAUAACAGACAGUUCCUCAUGCGGACUUAUCCACAUGGUAUGCGGUUUGACUCGUCCAACUACGACCCUGUCAUUUUCUGGCGUGCUGGUGUGCAGGUCGUGGCUCUCAACUGGCAAUCAUGGGACCUGGGCAUGGUGCUUAACGAGGGUAUGUUCAUGGGCUCAGAUGGAUAUGUUCUCAAGCCUGAGGGAUAUCGUCAUGACCCAGGCGAACAACAUAGCAUUGAGGAGUCUCACAUCCCUAGCAAGACAUUGGAAAGGGUGGCUAUCACAAUCAUAGCAGCACAGAACCUCCCGCUACUCAGCCGCCAUGAUGAUCCUGCCAAGUUCAUCCCUUAUGUCAAGAUUGGCCUGCACACAGAGCCAGAUGCACUCUCAGCCAUGGUCGACGAAAAUGCUACUGCUGAGCAGGUCAAGCAAAUUGGGUACAGUAGAGAAACAGGUAAAAGCAAAGGCACCAGUCCAGACUUCGGAGGCGAGACGGUUGAGUUUCUUAAUGUCGAGGGUGUUGUUCCAGAACUGGCUUUCCUUUCAUUCAGGGUCAUGAACGAUGUACCUGGACCUGAUGUUAUGGCCGCUUGGGCUUGUGUUCGUUUGGACAGGUUGAGGCUUGGAUAUCGCUUCUUGAGGUUGCUGGAUAAGGAGGGUAUGCCGAGCAAGGGCAUAUUGUUGGUGAAGAGUGAGGUCAGGGAAGCCUCUUGA